UCAGAAGGAUACAUCUUCACUGACUGUCAAGAAAAAAACACAGGGGAUCUAAAUAUCCUAGGACUUCACUUUUGUUAACCCAUCAAGAUAAGGGAGGAGAAAAAUGGACUUGCAGCUUUAGCACAAGUUAUCUAAUCUGUUUGCUUGAGAAAAUCUGUCCUCCCACGGACUCACCUUCAACACUCUUAAGGAAUACUUUCUUGAUGACAAUCACUCUGCUCACCACUGGCUCACCACUGGCCAUCCCAGAAGCAGCGCUUUAGAGCACCAGAUUGCAUAGUAUGAAUCUUUAGGGACCAUAUCAGCGGAAGAACAAUCCUUGGACAGACAGCAUUCCUGGGAUAUCACAUAGCACGGGACCUAAGAGGGACAUCCACCAUGAGUCUUAGCGAGGAUGAGGUGGAGAAGUUUCUUGAUAGUAACCCUAGUUUUGCCAAGCAGUACUUUGAUAAACACCUGAAAACAACUGAAAAUGAGAGUGAUAUCCUGUUUGAAUUAAUCCAAGACAUGCAGGAAAGCAUCAACAUGGAGAAGGUGGUUUUCAAGACCCUGAGAAGAAUCAGCUCUCUCAUCCAUGCAGACCGCUGUAGUCUUUUUAUGUACAGGCAGAGAAAUGGCAUAGCAGAGUUGGCUACCAGGCUUUUUAAUGUACAAGAAGGAAGCACACUGGAGGAAUGCUUCGUGACUCCAGACUGUGAAAUUGUCUAUCCUUUGGACAUAGGUGUGGUGGGGCAUGUGGCUCAAACCAAGAAAACAGUGAACCUCAAGAAUAUCCAUGAGUGUGCGCAAUUCAGUACAUUUGUUGAUGAACUCACAGAAUUUACUACAAAGUGCAUCCUUGCAACACCCAUCAUGAACGGCAAAGAUGUAGUUGCUGUGAUCAUGGCUGUCAAUAAAACAGAUGACACAAACUUCUCUGAUGCCGAUGAAGCACUUUUCCUGAAGUAUCUGAAUUUUGCCUCCCUAAACCUGAAAAUUUAUCAUUUGAGUUACCUUCACAAUUGUGAGACACGAAGAGGUCAGGUGCUGUUGUGGUCAGCUAACAAGGUGUUUGAGGAACUGACAGAUAUUGAGAGACAGUUCCACAAAGCCUUUUACACAGUAAGAGCCUAUUUGAACUGUGACAGAUACUCUGUGGGCCUCCUGGAUAUGACCAAAAAGAAGGAAUUUUUCGAUUUGUGGCCAGUUCUAUUAGGUGAAGUUCCAGCUUAUUCAGGACCCCGGACUCCUGAUGGCAGAGAAAUAGUAUUUUACAAGGUCAUUGAUUAUAUCUUACAUGGAAAGGAAGACAUCAAAGUUAUCCCAAAUCCCCCAGCAGAUCACUGGGCUCUUGUUACUGGACUCCCAACAUAUGUAGCUGAAAGUGGUUAUAUUUGCAACAUUAUGAAUGCAGCUGCAGAUGAAAUGUUUAAAUUUCAGGAAGGUCCUCUAGAUGAAUCGGGAUGGACUAUCAAAAAUGUUCUAUCCAUGCCAAUAGUUAACAAAAAAGAAGAAAUUGUUGGUGUUGUCACAUUUUACAACAGAAAAGAUGGGAAGCCAUUUGAUGAACAAGACGAAACUCUCAUGGAGUCCUUGACACAGUUCCUGGGCUGGUCCGUACUUAACACAGACACAUAUGACAAGAUGAACAAGCUGGAGAAUCGAAAAGACAUUGCUCAAGACAUGGUGCUCUACCAUGUGAGAUGUGACAAGGAUGAAAUUCAGGAUAUCUUGCCAACACGAGACAGGCUGGGGAAAGAACCACAUGAGUGUGAAGAAGAAGAACUGGCAGAAAUACUGCGUGAUCAACUCCCGGACCCUGGUGAAUUUGAAAUCUACGAGUUCAAGUUCUCUGAUUUUGAGUGCUCUGAGCUUGACCUUGUGAGGUGUGGAGUUCAGAUGUACUAUGAGCUUGGCGUGGUGAAAAAAUUCCAGAUUCCACAAGAGGUACUGGUAAGAUUUGUGUUCUCUGUCAGCAAGGGUUACAGGAGGAUUACUUACCACAACUGGCGCCAUGGCUUCAAUGUUGCACAAACGAUGUUCACGCUUUUAAUGACUGGCAAAUUGAAGCGUUACUAUACAGACCUUGAAGCCCUUGCUAUGGUAACUGCAGGUUUAUGCCAUGACAUUGAUCACAGAGGAACCAACAACCUUUAUCAGAUGAAAUCUCAACAUCCUUUAGCAAGACUUCAUGGAUCAUCAAUUCUGGAGAGACACCACUUGGAAUUUGGAAAGUUCUUGCUGGCAGAAGAGUCGCUGAAUAUUUACCAGAAUCUCAACAGGAGACAGUAUGAACAUGUGCUUAACUUGAUGGAUAUCGCUAUCAUAGCAACUGACUUGGCACUGUACUUCAAAAAGAGAACAAUGUUUCAGAAGAUUGUUGAUGAGUCGGAGAAAUAUGAGGACAAAAAGGCAUGGACUGAUUAUUUGUCUCUGGAGACUACCAAAAAAGAGGUUGUCAUGGCCAUGAUGAUGACUGCCUGUGAUUUGUCUGCUAUUACUAAACCCUGGGAAGUCCAGAGUCAGGUAGCUUUGCUAGUAGCAGCUGAGUUCUGGGAACAAGGAGACCUGGAAAUAAGUGUACUUCAGCAACAACCUAUUCCCAUGAUGGACAGAAAAAAGGCUGCCGAGCUACCAAAGCUUCAAGUUGGUUUCAUUGACUUUGUGUGCACAUUUGUAUAUAAGGAAUUUUCUCGUUUCCAUCCGGAAAUUCAGCCAAUGCUGGAUGGGUUGCUGAACAACAGAAAGGAAUGGAAGACCCGUGCUGAUGAGUAUGAUGCAAAAAUGAAAGCAAUUGAAGAAGAGAAGAAAAAGGCAGCAGAAAAGGCAGCUGAAAAGAAAGGAGAGGCAUUAGCUUGCAAUGGAGGAACAGCUCCCACAUCUAAAACAUGCUGUAUAAUCUAGAGCUCAGAAAGAUGGUGUUUGAAUGACCCAAACUGAGAAACAUCUUGUAAAACAAAAUCAUGGUGUACAAAUAUAAAUUCUGUUUUUACCAUUUUACUACCUAAAUUAGACCUAUCAGCAGCCAUGGAAGGGCCAAAUCUUGUUUGCCUUACUCAUACGAGUACUCUUACUGAAGGUAAAGAGCCAAAUUCUGCCCUGUCUAACUCCACACAAUGUCAUUCAAGUCACUGGGGUUACACAGAGGUUAAGUCAGGGCAGCACUUGGCGAUCUGAAUCUACUUGUGUGACUGAUGGAAGUAGGAUAUGACCUGAAGUCUGAACAUGCCCCUUACAUGCACACACUUACCUUGAAAAAUGUUGAAAUGAUCAUGUGCCCAAUUCAACCCUAGUUGUGUGGUGGGUGAACUGUGGUAGAGUCAACUCCUAUGCAUCUCACAGGACCAGGUGUAAAAGCCAGCAAUAUGCAAACAGGAAAUGCAAAGACUGACCCCUCAGGUUGCUUGGCUUCUCAGAGUAAUAAAAAUAGACUUUAUCCAACAACUGAUGCCUAGAUUCUGAUCUCAGGUAUGCUGGAAUAGACAUGGAGUUGGGAUGACACCCUGGUAACUGAAUUCAGAAUCUGAAUUCAGAAUCUGGCCUUUAAUGAGGACCAGCACUGGGGAAAUUAAAGUACAGGCAUUAGCUGUAGAACUAAUACAUUGUUUUUAUUUUGCUGAUAUUAGUACACCUUAUUUUGUGGAGAAACUGGGCCAAAUUCAGGACUGGUCUAAAAGAUUGCAACUCCACUGAAGCCAAAGAAAUGCACAAUGACAAUAAUUCUGUAUUCAGUAGAGUUAGAUGGGUGUGCUGUAAAUACAUGGACCAUGCAUUUGAAGGGAAGGAGAAACCUAUAGCUUCUCAUUGCAUGAGCAAUAUGUACUAUCAGGGGUCCUGAAGAAACAAACAUAUAAAUACUAUAUCAUAAAGGUGCCAAAUUAAGGUUGUCCUGGCAACCUUAAUUGUGGCAUUUCCUAAUUAUAGUUUGUAACAUUAAUGUCAUUUCAGCCUAGUUUGAGUACUAGAGACUUUGCAUGACCAAAGAGUAAGCCAUUUUUGACCAGUGAUGAGAAAUGAGUAUGUGAGCUUUGUAUGGAUACUACAGUUGGACACUUCUUUUGUUUCAGAUUGCAUCCCUUAAUACCAUUGAUGUGCUAGAUUGGGAUUUGUUUAAUUCACAACAAAAAGUUUCACAAAUGCCUACUUACAGGAAUGCUCAGAGAAACUAGGGUGGGUACAGGGAGAUCUUUCUCUGCUCUCUAUUAGGGUCUUGUUCACCUCUAAGCCACAGCUUUAUAAGUGUUUUGGUAUAUGCUUGAGUUUUUAAAAAAAAAUUAUGUUGAUUUUCCUGCCACCUCCUGUGUUUUUUCCCUUGAGCAUAUUACUUUAAUAUUGUUUCUAAUACAUGUGAGAGAAGAGUUAGGUUCAGAAGUUGAUUCUGUCAGGUAUGCUACAGUGAUGAUCAAUCUAACAGAAGGAGAGUGACAAAACAUGCUUGUUAAGGGCACAGCACAUUUUGAGGAAAUGUGGUUCUCAGUACUUUCUGCCUGCUCACUUGCUGCAGAAUUUUCUUAGCUAUGCUCAGAAGAACCAGCUAUUUCAAAUCAGAGGCCUCAGAGUGACCACAGGUGCUUCACAGCAAAUAAGUAUGGGAUCAAAGGCUGUACCUUCAGAAGACACUAACUAGAUUUUUACCAUUUAAGAAUGACAUGCUUGACAACUUCCAUAGGAAGAAAAAGUCCUAGAUGCUGGAAUAUUUCCUAUACAUAUAUCCCACAAGCUCAAAUUUCAUAUUGUAGGUAAGUGGAUUCAUGAAAACUGUUGGCUUAAUUAUAUGCAAUUUACUUUGCUAUCUAAUGGUGAAACAGAUUAUCAUGGUCUCACACUGUUUGAAACAGAAUAGCACUAUUUUGGGUGCAAACAGUGUUAGCUAGUCAGUAACGGUGGUUAUACAAAGAGCUAUAAAAAAGCAUUGGAUUGUAUGGUUACUGGAGCAGAGAUUGUUUUGGUUGGGCUUAGACAGAGUACUGGGCCAAAUGUGGUCUGUGACUAUGUUAAUAUUGCCAUCUAAACAACACAAAAUCCAGGAGACCAAUUUUAGUUGUGACAUGCAAAAUAUGUCCCUGUAUGUCUAGCCAUGAGGUAGAAGAUAUUGGUGCUGCUGAGUGUGUGCACAUAAAGUUCAAUACCUCAAACUUAAUGUUUUAACCUUGUAUAACAAAGAAAGACGUCAGGUCACCUGAAAUUUUGUCCUACAAUACAUGUUGUUUAAAAGUACUAACCACAAAAAAAUUAACGGACUUUGUUAAAUUAUGCUUAGGGUGUAAGGUUAAAGUUUGUAAUCCUUUAUUCCCAACUUAGGUAUCUAAGCCUGCCCCAAAACAAAUUGAUGUCUAUUCUGUUGACUUCAGUUAGCUCUGGGUCACACCUUAGGUGAAAGAGAGAUAUUUAGUUUAGCAAGGAGAGCAGUGACUGAUUGAGCUGUAUAGGUGCUUUUGCAGUUUUUGAAAAUUAUAGAAUAGAAAAUCUUAGAACUGUGCCUCCAGACAUGCUGCACUUCAUUUGCUUUGAACUUUAUGGUGACAUUUAAAAAUACAGUAUAUAAUGCAACAAAUUCAUCUACAGCAGUCCAAAUUAUGUGCAGAAUUGAGAAGAGUAGGUUUUGAAAUACUGACCAAUAUUUUCCUGGAGAAAAUGCUGAAUAUAAAAAGGUACUCGCUUUAGCAAAAAUUACUAAGCAGGGUUGUACAAAUAUAUACUAGCACUUUUUAUCUGAAAUUUAACUGUCUUAAGAAUUUGUAUUGGACCACACACGCUGAAAAACAACAAAUAUUCUGUAGUUGUGUAUAGGACAACUGCACAUGUAAGGCUCAUUCUAAAAUAAACCAUUUAAAACUUG